GUUACCGUCGCUGGCACUCUUGUCAAUAACGCUCACUUAGUGCAGCCAGGGAGCACUUUGGCCUCAAUGGCCGCCUCGGACUCCGCUGGCGACGACAACAUCUUCGAACUGCUCAAGCAAGCAGAUCCUUCCGAGUUGGAGCAGCGGCAAAGAGCGAUUAACGAACGUAUCCAUGCUACUUUUCAGCUUAGCCAGCAAAGGCUCGCAGAGCUCAUAGACCAGAACUCCACGUUACCUACCACUGUCUCCUCAGUCACGGUACUAGGAGCUCCAAAUACCCGGCAUGGAUUCCUGAAGGGCGUAGUCAAUCCCUUGCUGAGCGCAAACCGCGAUCGCCCCUACACGCAAUCGGAGCUCAUACACGAGGUUGCAAAGACUGCGGACAAGCUCAAGAGAUUCGGAAUCUACCAGGACUGCUCUGUCUACAUAGACAAACCAGCCAAAACUGACCCGACCACUACCCCGACCGAUGUUGCUGUAUACUACUCGGUAAAAGAGAAGAGCCGGAUAGUUGCAAAGACUGGUACAGAUUUGGGAAAUGCGGAGGGUUCGGCAUAUGCCAACGUCGAAUGGCGCAACAUACUGGGAGGUGCAGAAACGCUCGACCUGAAUGCUUCGAUAGGGACACGAACACGGUCGUCAUACCAAGCUACAUUCGAUACCCCCGUUCUCAGCAACCCUGACUUCCGCUUUCAACUCGGCGGUCUGCAAAGCGCAACUCAAAAACCCUUUGCGAGCCAUGAAGAGGCUCUUAAGGGUGGCUGGGCCAAACUACGUUGGCUGUCAAAAGUAGGAACUCUCAAUGAAAUCGGUUACAACGGUGUGUGGCGGCAAGUGACAGGACUGGCACAAAACGCGUCACCAACGGUGAAGAACGAAGCAGGGGAUUCUUUCAAGAGCAGUAUAUCGCUCAUGAGGACGACCGACAAAAGAGAUAACCCUAUGCUGCCCACUAGAGGAUAUUAUGCUAAGUCUAUGGUGGAAUUGGCAGGGUGGGGACCGUUGCAGGGCGACGUUUCAUUCCUGAAGACUGAGGUUGAAAGCCAGACCGCUGUCCCCAUACCUGUGCCAGGUCUCAAAGGAGAUAGUGGCAUCAGCUUUACGACUGGACUUCGGGCAGGUUUGCUCUACCCACUCACUCUCGGAUCAAAUCAACGUCCAGAAAUGUCCCGAAUUAACGACAGAUUCCAGCUUGGUGGCCCUACUGAUGUUCGAGGUUUCCGGCUGUCUGGUCUGGGACCUCAUGACGGACCAGAUGCUGUGGGAGGCGAUCUCUAUGCGGCAGGAAGUGCGAAUCUUUUCUUUCCUCUUCCGAGAGUAGGGAAAGAUAAACCCCUUCGCUUACAAGCGUUUGUCAAUGGAGGACGACUUCUCUCUUUAAGGAAUGCGAAUGCGGAAGGUCCAAUGACGAAGGAGGAGGUCAACCGGAGUUUGUCCAACGCCAUCUCAGACCUGGGCAAUGGAUUGCCAACCAUGUCGGCCGGUUUUGGUCUGGUGUAUGCGCAUCCUGUGGCACGAUUUGAGCUGAAUUUCUCCCUUCCUCUUGUGGUUCGAAAGAACGAGGAGGCCCGUAAAGGAGUCUCAUUCGGAGUGGGAAUCAACCUUCUGUAGUAAAGAGAUAGAGCAUGUACAUAGUUAAGCAGCAACGUGGCCAGGAAAAUGUCAUCACUGUGAAAUUAGUCUAUGUAAGUGAGAGGCCAUCUGGCAUGAAAGACAUGGUUGAGC